AAUAGCCAUUCAACUCUUUGCAUCUGGUGCUCCAUGUUCUUUUCAUGAUCUCAUCGCUCACACUCUUCAUGCAUGAAACUGGAGCAACUCACACCUGACAUGAGACUCACCAAAUAUCAAGUCUAAUCCUCGGAGCAAAUUCCAUGUGACAAGCUCCAACCUUUUUCCACAAUGACACUCUAUAUGUCAACCCAAGCCUCCUUCCAAGUUCUUGUACCUCUGAUUUUUCUUCUGAAUGCUCAGAAUCUUCUAAGCCGUGUUGAUCAGUUCAAACGUUUCCAACAAGAUGUCCAUAGUUGCAGAAGUGCUCGGUUUCCUUCAAGUCUUGUCCGAUGGAUCCGUCGAGCGCUUUGUGCCUGAAAUCGCCCCUGCCUCGACCGAUUUUUCCGCAGAGUAUUUCUCAAAGGAUGUGAUGAUCGACCCGUCCAAACCAAUAACUGCAAGAAUUUUCAUCCCCAAUGCUCCCGCAACUUCCUCGGCCCGCCUCCCCAUCCUAGCCUAUUUCCACGGCGGCGGCUUCUGCAUUGGCUCCACAACAUGGCUGGGCUACCACCAUUUUCUUGGGGACCUCUGUCUUGUGUCCCAGUGCAUUGUCCUCUCGGUGGACUACCGAUUGGCGCCCGAGAAUCGCCUUCCCAUUGCCUAUGAAGACUGUUACGCCUCCCUGGAGUGGCUAAGCCGCGUCAGCGGCACCGACCCUUGGCUCGAGCGUGCUGACCUCUCCCGCCUGUUUUUGUCUGGAGACAGCGCCGGGGCGAACAUAGCUCACCACGUGGCGAUCAGGGCGCUGCAGGACGCCACCUGCCCCGUGUCGAUCACAGGGUUGAUGUCGAUACAUCCGUACUUUGGCAGCGAGAGGAGGACCGAGAUGGAAUCGGCAGACAAAGGAGGCAAAACUGUCGGCACGAACGACUUGUUCUGGAAACUGAGCAUACCGGAAGGCUCGGACCGCGACUAUCCCGGGUGCAACUUCGAGAUGGCGAGAAUGUCGGCCGAGGAGUGGCGGCGGUUCCCGGCGGUGGCGGUCCACGUGGCCGAGCUGGAUUUUCUCAAGGAGAGGGGAGUGAUGUAUGCUGAGUUCUUGAAGGGGCAAGGAGUGAAGGAGGUGGAGCUAGUGGAGGCCAAGGGGGAGCAACAUGUUUACCAUGUGUAUCAUCCUAAAUCUGAGGUCACUUCUUUGCUCCAUAAGCAAAUGAGUCACUUCAUGAAGAGAUUUUAGCACUCUUCUUAGAUCGGUCAUUUAAACUAAUUAUGACCAUGGAAGUGGACCCAAUCUGACGAAAAUUGGAGAUUGAAUCUUGAAAAUCUCUCAAGAUCUUAUUAAUUGUCUAAAGAAUACAUAAAACGAAUUACCAAUUUUAGCGGGUUUUCGUCGAAA